GGCCUUACCCGAUACAAAUCCCUUUCGCCGCAAAUUCACAACACAAGCCACAUCACCAACGAAACUAAACCUGAACGAAGCAUUAGCUUAGGCAUCGAUAGCAAUGGAAGACAGUUUCAGAGUCCGCGUCGACAAAGCCUUCGGUUCUCUUCCUCUUUCUUCAACCUCCCCUUCUUCUCUCUCCUCUCUCUGGUCCCUCGCCGACGACGAAAUCAACUCCACACCAUCCAACCAAUCCGAACCUAAACCCGACCCUAAACCCUCCGCAUGGUCCGCCGCCUCAACCUCCUCCUCUUUUUCUUCCAGCUUCCGGGUUCAGCUAGAGAAUGACCUCGAUGAUCUCAACGACGAAGACGACGAUAACGAAGAUGGUGACGCGGGGUUUCGUCGUACUCAGCUCAAACCCGACGAUUACGACGAUGAACAGUGGCAAAUUAGGUCUGGUAUUGGCCUCGAUUGCACCCUUGAUCACGAGGAAGAGGAAGAUAAAUAUGAUAAACAAGCAAUUGGGAAAGAGAACCAGGGGGAUCGAGUUUAUAUGAAGGAUAUAGCUGAUGAUGGUGUUGAGAUUGAUUCUUGCUACGCUCUUCCAUCUAGGUUCGGAGAACACGUGAGGGACCCACGUGCCAACCACUUGGCUGCAAAAAUGAGGCUGAAGCAGGAUGAUGAAGCAGCUAAAAAAAUUGAUGCUUUGCACGUCUCUGAUAAAUCAGCACCAGGGGCUGACACCGGCGGUGGCGACGGUGGUGUCGAUAGUAUUAAUCUCAAGCCCAUUUUGAAGAGUAAGGAUAAGCCUCCAGAACAGAAGUCCCAGAAACGUGUUCGGUUUGAUCCUGAUUGCGAUGUUAGAUAUGGUGAGGACGAAGAAUAUGAAGGAACGAGGGAUGUUCGAAUGAAGACUUCUUUGAUUGAAGAAGAAGCAGUUUUCGAGCAGCCAUCAAAGGCACAAGAAUUUGCUUCAGCUGUUCCAGAUUACAUUCGAAAUCCGUCGAGAUACACGCGAUAUACUUUCGAUGAUUCCAACGAUGACAUUGAUGAUAAAUCGAAUAAGGCAGCGUAUAUGAGUUUCCUUUCGCAGUUAAAGGCGUCAAAUGCUGCUGCUGGAACCGGAUCACAGGGAGAGGAUGCCGAGGAUGAUCUUCCAUCGGUUACAUUCAUAUCAAGGAAGAAAUCCGGUGAUGUUUCAAUGGUAGAGCAUAAGAAUGUUUCAAAGCAAAAAGAGGAUGUUGGGAAGGAGAAUAAAAGAGCUUUCAGUGUUAGUAUAGCAGCUGGUGAGAAUGAGGAUACUGAUGUUUGUGCAAUGGAGGAGGAUAUGCCAGGAGAAGCCAUUGAAGAUGUUAAGAAGAGCUCUCAAAGGUUGAACCGCAAGUACAGGAAGAAAACACAAGACGAGCUGGAUGAGCCUGAUGUCUAAGUUAGCUAACUGCCUAAGGUGUGUUUCUUUGAGACACUGCCAACUUUGCCAGGAUCAGCAUUUUAGAAUCGGUUGUUUUAUCUUUCUUGUUGCCUGUUGCGGUUACUUGUUUGUUUUAUAAAUUUGUGCAACAAUCUUGCGUCUAGAUUCUGGUCUAGCCAACUUAUGUAGUGUCAUACUAUCUUAUUGGUUGACAUGGUGUUAACUAAAUUAAAUCGUGCGGUCAUGUUAUAAA